CGCCGGGCCUGCCUGGGCCGCGCCAGCGCCGCUCCACCGAGGGCUGCGCGUCGGCCGCCACGGGGCCGGGGUGCAUUACUAUGGUGUUCAUAUUCUUCCUGGAAUUGCUUUGACCUUGACCCCUGCAAGUCCACUUUUGGAAGGCAGUGGACAACUGUAUUUGUCACUCUUGUCACAGCAUCCGGCUUCUUUCCCAGUUUAUUCCAUGUCCACUCGGCGCCAGGAGCUCCUGCAGAUGCUGGGGAUCCAGGGGUGACCAGGAGUGACCAGGAAAGAGAAGGUCUCUAUCCUUUGGGAGGUGACGUUUCUCCUGGGGAGUCAGGAUUCAGUGACAGUUGACGACGUGGCACAGUACGUCACAAAAGGAGUGAUUGAGACUGGACGCCGAGCAGAGGACACUGGCAUAUUACAGGAAUGCGACCUCCGUGGGAGUUCCUGUUGUGAAUCCUACCUGGUGUGAGGACACGUGCUGCUGGUAUCUGCCCCAUCCCCUAUUGCAGAGCGAGCGAAGCAGUCUGAGGACCAGUGUCUCGCGGUUCUCAUGUCAGAAGGCAUCUUGGUGACCCAACAGCAGGCGAUGGGUGAAGAAGCUCAGCCGCAGGAGAUGGCAUCCACGAGCUCCCCGUGGGCCGGGGAGCCCAGCCCCGGGCUCAGACAGAACAGGGGCUCGGAGGGGAGCGGGGGGAGCCUUCAGAACCGGCCUAUGGAGCAUCACUUCGCAUGUAAAGAGUGCGGGGAUGCCUUCCGGCUGAAGGUCCUCCUCGUGCAGCACCAGAGAAUUCACAGUGAGGGGAAGGGCUGGAAGUGUGGUGAUUGCGGGCAGGUCUUCAGGGGGGUCUCGGAGUUCAAUGAGCACCGGCUGGGCCACGUGGCCGCAGAGCCCCAGCCUGGCCCCAGCCGAGCCCCGGAAGAUGCUCCGGAGAGAAGGGAGCAAAUGGAGAGGGAGGCGAAGCCUUUCGAGUGCGCGGAAUGUGGGAAGAGGUUUAAGAAGAACGCGGGCCUCAGUCAGCACCUGCGGGUGCACAGCCGGGAGAAGCCCUUUGACUGUGAGGAGUGCGGGCGGUCCUUCAAGGUGAGCACGCACCUCUUCCGCCAUCAGAAGCUGCACACGGCCGAGAAGCCGUUCGCCUGCAGGGCGUGUGGCCGCGAGUUCCUGGAUCGCCAGGAGCUUCUCAAGCACCAGCGGGCGCACAGCGGCCACCUGCCCUUCGACUGCGACGACUGCGGCAAGUCCUUCCGCGGCGUCAACGGCCUGGCCGAGCACCAGCGCAUCCACAGCGGCGCCAAGCCGUACGGGUGUCCCCACUGCGGCAAGCUCUUCCGCAGGAGCUCGGAGCUCACCAAGCACCGGCGCAUCCACACGGGCGAGAAGCCGUACGCGUGUGGCGAGUGCGGCAAGGCCUUCCGGCAGAGCUCCAGCCUCCUGGAGCACCAGCGCAUCCACACGGGCGAGCGGCCCUACGGCUGCGGCGACUGCGGCAAGGCCUUCCGGGGCCCGUCCGACCUCAUCAAGCACCGGCGCAUCCACAGCGGCCUGAAGCCGUACGAGUGCGACAAGUGCGGGAAGGCCUUCCGGAGGAGCUCGGGCCUGAGCCGCCACCGGAGGACCCACAGCGGAGCGAGGCGCUGCGAGUGCAGCGCGUGCGGCCGCGUGUUCAAGAGGCGCUCGGCGCUGCAGAAGCACCAGCCCACCCACCACGCCUAGACGAGGCCCCGCCGAGGCCCCCGGAGGCGGCGGCGGGGGCGAGUCCCCGGAGGGGCAGGGCAGAGGCAAGGAGAGGAGCGGUUUCGCAGCGCUGAUGUAGUUUCGCGUCGCAACGGUCGAAUCCAAUUUAUACUGGCACCAGCAGUUUCUAAGUGUACGUGGUCCCCGUUUUGCCCAUCGACAGUAGCUUCUCCGACGGCCUACCUUAUUUGGACCGGUGUGACGGGCCUCGGGUACCUUCAAGGUAUUCCAACCCGCGGGCCUUGAAACCGAGAAUGAGAGAAGAGAAACCUGCGCGUGGGGGUGGAGCGGGGCGUGUAGGUCCCCUUCUCCCGGCUGCUCCCUCCGGGAACGGAACACGGAGCUAGUCAGCGAUGGCCUCGAUGUAAUGGGACCCCAGCUUUCCUGAAGACAAGAUAGAGCCCCAGAGUUGUUUGGCCUACUUGAAUCUAUAAAUUGUUAGGGAUGUACAUAGAACACUCAAAUGUCUUAUAAUAUUUAAUUUAUUAAUUCAGUUAUACGUACAGACUGUAAAUCACGUAUUACACAGAAUAAUAUAUUACUGUAGAAAAUACUCCUGUUUCGCCCUCACGCCACUCCACAAGACGAUUGCAUUCUGAAUCCUCACAUGCAUCUCUGACCUCACUGUCUUCACCAACCUCGUAGCCCCCUUUGAGUCCUCCGACAGUUUAAAAGCACAUCCGGUGGCUCCCACCCAUCUAAGCUGUGUGCCCAAGGCUCUCACUAGAAACUUCCUCCUAAGCCAUAAUGACGUGUUCACAUCACGUUAGGACAGUUGGUGGUGGUGGUGGUGUUUUUAAACUUGUCCCAUAGCUCUACACCAUAACCACUUACCGUGUUUGCCUUUCUUAAAUGACCGUCAAAAGACUUUUUUGAAGCAUCUAUAACUUGGCAUUGUGAGGUCAUACUCCCAGGAAUAAGUACUGAAUCUGGCCUAAAUUGCUUUUGCGUCCAUUUUUCUUCCGCCAGUCCGUUCUGGUGACCUCCAUGUGCGUCCAAAACUAGCAUCAGUUGGGGUCUGUUGCGGGUUCAUAGGUCUUGUCCUCAAGCAGUACUGUUCUGUUCAAGCUCAAGUAGUUGAGAGAGUGUCCCCAUAACAGGGACAUCUCAAGGACUCAAGUAUGAGGUGAUGCCUCUUUUUCGGGAGCGACAGCCUCUCCUCCCGUGGAGGCAGCCCUCCGUUUCGGGCUCUGUAAAGCAGGGGUGAUCACAGGACUACCUCCUAAGGUUAUCGUGAGAACUGCGACGCCACGCCUGGCCCGAAGGUGCACUCAGUGAAGGUCGUCUGCUGUCAUCACCAUAAUUAUUGCUGUCAUUCUAUGGCUCCUCAGUACGGACCUGGGGAUGGACCCAGGCCUCCUGACUGCUAGUCUCCUCUUCUUUCUCUCGUGCAAUGACUUAAGUCGUGUUCCUGUUUUCUUGCAUGCAAACCGUACGUUCAUCUCCUUUGACCAGUUAUCAAGUUACCUUUGGAUAUAUUGACUUUAUACAGCGGUUCUUUCUAUAUCGAUUGUGAUGAUCUCUUUUCCAGUUUUAUUGCUUUGCUCUUUGUAGCAGUUUUAUUACAUUUUUGUCGUGCGAGCUUUAAGUUUUACAGAUCUGAGCACUCACCAUUGUCCGUUAAGCCGUAACUUUCAUUGCUUCCAUACUUAGAUACGAUGAUGUUUUCUUCUAGAAUUUUAAUUACAAAUGAAAAGUUGAAAGCCCUGCCCCACCAGAAGGUGGAUGCCCCAGGUGGGCAGGCUGGAUGGGAAGGGGCCAGAGAAGCAGGCUCUCUCCUCAUCCAAGACGCAGACUCUGUGCAUGUCUGUGGGCAGUACUUGACUAUCCAACCUGGCCACGCAGACACGCAAGAGAAACGUCCAUCUCGGAUUGGCCAGAACAUUGUGACUGUUCCUCAGUAUAGCCCUACCUGUCAGCAGCAGGCCUGGGCCUCAACUAGAUCAAUGGGGUGGUCCAAACGUGGUCUCGGCUGCAGCUGGCUCUCCUUCAAGCUCCGGGGAGCUUUGGCCAUGCCCGGCAUGGAUUCCGUGCCUGAGCAGCAGAUCCACCCAAGGCACAUCUCCUCGAACACAAGAAGACUCACUUGACCGAUGCUGUCAUGUGGAUGGCGUCCUCCUCCUAGUGAGUGACUCUGGAACUAGAAAGAGGUCAGUUUGGUGGCUUUUGCUUUGGGCAACUAGGGGGAAAUUCACCCACGUGUUCUGAUGUUACCUCCUGCAGCUACACCUAAGAGGAGCAACAGAGCAGAGGCUCGGGGCGGACCCGUGCCCUUCUGAUGCCCUGUGCGUCACGGCCAUAGAAGCUGGCCACAGCAGGCCCAGGCUGUGACUGUCAGCGGCCAUGCCCAGGAGGGGCAAUAAGACAAGGGUUCGGAGGGCAACCGUGCCCUUCUGAUGGCCCAUGUGGCAUAGAAAUCGAAGCUGGUCAUCCUGGGGCUAGGCUGUUACUCCCGACAGCCUCCCCCAAGAGGAACGGCAGCAAGGGCUGGCCGGAAGGCUGGCCUCCAGUGACCUGCCGAACCCGCAGGUAGAAGCCAGCCGCACCGGGGCUGUGGUGUGACCUGCCAGCAGCUGUGCCCCAGGGGCCACUAGCGGGCCCCUAGAGGGGGGGUACCCUUCCUGAUGGCCCCCCCCCACCCCCGCCGAGGCUGAGACGGAGCUUCUCAGCAGGAGCGCCCGGAGGAGCUUCUCAGGCCCCCAUCCUGGGAAGCAAGGUCCCCUGGUGACCGCUGUGACCUUAGCCAGAAGGUCCUCUGGAAUGGCCGCCAGGCCACGGGAGUGGCUCUCUGUGACGUCUCCAUCCUGGCCCUCGGGCUGGAGAGAAGCCAACAGCACUUGUUACAUAGCCGCUGCUUUUGCUCUGUGGCUUCCGGGCCAGCUGUGUCCGCAGUCACUGCUUCCUUCUGCAUCACUGGUCUGUUUUCGAGCUGUCAGGACGCGUUCGACACAGCUGCCAUUGGGUAAGGAACUUGACAUGGACGGGGGGCAAGCCUGGCAGCAGCUCACUAGCCGUUUGUCAGCUUCUCUGAAGGAUCCAGAUACAGUAUUAGCUCAGAACUUCGCGCUGUCGCGGCGUCAUGCCCUCCUCGACUUUUGCCAUUCUCAGUUCUCGCGUUCUCUCUGACACAAACCCUCUUCUAGAGUUAACACUAAAGACCGCGUCUUUUCUGUCGCUGUGUUUGCGGGUGACGUCCGUGCUCUGUCCGGCUUUAACAUGUGUCCUGUAGUCGCGCCGAGUUCAGUGUUCGCCUCUCGUAACUUGGGGGUGGGUUUCCUUGGGCCCCGUAGGUGUGCUGCAUUGUCAGGUGCAAAAUGUGUGCGUGCUCAUCUAUGCAUUUGUGUAUCUACCUCAUUUCGUUUUUUCUUUCUAAUCACACACAUUCCUUUCGCAAGGGAAAUGUAGAGCAGUUGGGUUACAUAGAAUGCCGACUCUCAUUAGAAAUAGAUCCUUUUCUUAGAUUCUGAAAGAAACCUUCCAUUGCUUUUAUUAAAGUUUUGAAUACUUGCUGAAAUUUUUAAAUGAAA